GAGUCCACACCAUAGCAAUGGUGCGGACAACGAGGAAGAUGUGUUUUUUUCCCAUAAAUGUUAAUUGUUAAUGUUGUAAAACUGAGUUUUGAUUGUAUAUUCGGUCGUAUAUUUGACUGAUCUACAUUUUUUUUUUUUUUUUUCAAAUGGCAGAAAAAAAGCAACAAAGUCGUCCCAAACGAAUUUUUGUGAACGACGUCGAUAGUUAUUCUUCCAAGCACAUCGCGAAGUUGUUAUCAAAAUGUGAAGCUGGAAAGACUUCUGAGGAUGAAGAAGCAGAGUUGGGCCCACUUCGAGGGGAACCUCCUUUCUACAUCGUGGGAACUGUGUCUUCUUCCUUGUCCAAUGAUGGAAAGUUAGACUUUGUACGUGAACAGUACACGUUCCCAUCCAGAGAUGAGCUUUUUCAGUUACUGCUGGAGUGUGAUGUGGUGGUGUACAACAUCUCUGAAAGUUCUACACAACAGCAGGUUGAAGAAGCAGAAUGGGCAAUUACAGCUCUUCAUGCUGAGAUGGCGAACUUCAAAUCUCGUAAGAUGUUUAUCUUAGUCUCCACUGUGAUGACCUGGGUCAUGACCAAACUUCCACAUCUGGAUGACAUAGAACCUCUGAUAUCAGAAGAAGACUUCAGAUACAAGAUGCCUCACCCCAGCUUCAGAAACCACAACAAAGUGGAAAAACUUGUUCUAAAAUUGGCCAGAGAGAAAAAGUCCAAACUCAAAUGUUACGUCAUAUCUUCUGGUAUCCAGUAUGGAAUGGGAGAGAACCUCUUUCACUACUUUUUCAAGGUUUCUUGGUUGAUGCAGCUCCCAAAGGUCCCCAUAUUUGGACAGGGCACAAACCACAUCCCCAUGAUUCAUGUAUAUGACCUUGGAGGAGUGAUUCAAAACAUCAUUGAACAGAGGCCAAAGUCAAAGUACAUUCUUGCUACUGAUGAUUCCAAAAACACUUUGCAGACAAUUGUGAAGGUAAUAAGUGACGUGUUGGGGCCAGAAAAGGUUCAGAAGUUUUCACUGCAAGAUGCCAUCACAAUGAAGGCUUUCAAGCCAGAGGAACUGGACUGUCUAAGUAUCAACCUCCAGCUGGAUGCGUAUAUCGUGAAGGAGUUCAACAUCAACUGGAAAUCUAAAACUGGCAUGGUUGAAAACAUGGAGACAAUUGUGCAGGAAUACAAAGACACCAGACAGCUUCUUCCAAUUCGAAUCUGCCUGGUUGGCCCUCCAGCUGUGGGAAAAACCACUGUUGCUGAGAAGCUCUGCCAGCAUUACCAAAUACACCACAUCACCAUCAAAGGGAUCAUUGAGGAGAAGAUUACUCAACUGAACGGUCUGAUAAGUGGAGCUGACCCUGAAUGUGUCAACGAGGAGGCAGCAGCUGCUGCUCAGAAACAACUGGAAAGUAUUAACAAAAGCUUGGAAAUCAAUCAAGGUCGACUCACUGAAGAGCAAGUUUUUGACAUUUUGCAAAACAAACUAUAUUCAAAGCCAUGUAGGAACCAAGGAUUUGUUCUUGAUGGUUUUCCUAAGACUUACUCACAAGCACAGAUUCAUUUCUUUGACAUGGAAAGACAGGAUUCAGAUGUGAUGCCCAACAAACCACAGUACAACAAGCUCAUCACUCCAGAGCAUGUUUUUGCGCUUGAUGCAUCUGAUGACUUCCUGAUGAAGCGAGUACAAGGACUUCCAGAGAGCGUUGCUGUAAAAAUGCGCUACACACAGGAUGAAUUUGUGCCUCGUCUAUCCAGAUAUAGACAACUGAGUAAUGCUGAGGAGACAUUGUUGGACUUCUUUGAUCAGCGUGAGAUUCACCCAGAGCAUAUCGAGGUCAAUGCAGAUGAUCCAGAGUACACAGAUGUUAUAAAGAAAAUCAUGGAAAGUGUGGGGGUCCCCAAAAAUUAUGGCUUAAGUCCUGAAAAGCAAAAAGAGGAAGACCAAAAGAGAGAAGACGAGAGGAAGCAGAAACUGACUGCAGAGACUGCCAAGAACAAACAAAGGAAAGAGGCUGCCCUAGCUGAGAUGGUUGCUCAGUAUGAGGAGUGGCAGAAGAAUCUGUCAGAGGUAACCCGGCAGGAGUGCGAGUUGCUGGAAGCUUGCUCUCUUCCCCUGAGGAACUACCUGAUGAAGUACAUUAUACCUUCACUCACUGAGGCCAUGACAGAGUGCUGCAAGAUCAAACCAGAGGAUCCAGUGGACUUUGUGGCUGAAUAUCUUUUACGAAGCAACCAAGAAUAAUUAUCACUUUAGGAGGAUGUGAGUCAACUCUCCUACUUAGUUUAACAAAUAAAAUCAUAUCUGUAUUAUUUGUAUUUUUUCCUUGUCAUGAAAUCAGGUUUGCUGACUGAAUAAGGAAAGUCAGUAAUGCAAAUGAAUGGCAGGCACAAAACAAAAACUGUCUAUCAGUCAGGAACAUAGACUGGAACACCAACAGGACAAUGUUACAGGGGAUUUUGGUACAUUUUUUAGGAGCGCCACCCACACAUUUAGUUGUGUUGCUCAUUCCACAGAAGCACGGUCCUUACGAGUUAUACUUGGUUGUAAAGGUGACUGAUCAGGCUUUACAUCACUGUAUAAUACAACACCAGUUAGUAUUAUUAAAGGGGAGAAGUAGUCAAUCCAACUGGCAGUGUAAACCAUGCAUAAUUGACUGAUUUCUUGCAGGUUUCCACUGGUUACAGCUCUACACUCUCCAUCUGGUGAGUGACUCAGCUUAGACUGUGUUGCAGAGCCAACACUUACUGGAAGAAUUAAGUUUCUAAUGCUGCCAGUAAAGGAUGCCUGAGUAGAUGCUUUUCUAGUUUACCCUUUAAAUGCUAUGAGUUUCAUGAUGUGUAUUUAUUUAUUGUAUUUAUUUAUUCACUGAGUGCUGGCUGUACAAAAGGUUGCUCUUCAAGGAUAAUAAGGGUUACCUUAUCUUAAACACUAGGUGGUGCAGUGAGUCUUUCUAUAAACACCACAGAAAGGCUAUGAGUGGCAUUUAUAUUUUUUAAGCCAAUGUUCGUGUUAAAUAUACUUAAAAUAAUGACUUCUCUUUGCUGUGUGAAAUAAUUACUAUGGCUGUAGGAAGGCCUUUGUUCUGAUAUUGUUGUAAAAUGUGUCAUAAAGUAAAAAUGCGUUGCUUAGUUGUGGUUAUUUAAGACAGUCCGGUGUCUGGAGUGUCUUUUGUAGUUUGUUUGUGACUGAGGAACUGUCUGCAGGCUCCUUUGCAGUAUAUGGAAAAUAAUUCACAACAUAAUGGAAAUAGCUGUAAUUGUGCAGCAAGCUUUACCACAAUAAAUUUUAAAA